AGAUGCUGGAAGCCCCCCCCCCUCCCGCGCGUCGGAUGUCCGGUCGCUGGACGGGGACGCGUGUUUACAUCCACACGGGGUUCGGUAGAGGCGGGGGACGUGCGCACACCGCUGACUCCGAGGCGCGCGCGGAUCGACCAGGAAUAACCAGGAUCUCCCGAUGGAAAAUAAAUCAUUAUUAGCACCCCCUUGCGGUGUGGAGGAAUGAGGGCCUCUGGAUGAAGGCCAUGGAGCUGAAAGUGUGGGUGGACGGAGUGCAGCGCAUUGUGUGCGGGGUCACAGAGUUCACCACAUGCCAGGAAGUGGUUAUUGCUUUGGCACAAGCCAUUGGACGCACCGGCAGAUACACUUUGAUCGAGAAAUGGCGGGAGACAGAACGUCACCUGGCUCCGCAUGAAAACCCCGUGGUGUCCCUCAACAAGUGGGGUCAGUAUGCCAGCGACGUGCAGCUCAUCCUCCAACGAACCGGACCGUCUGUUAGUGAGCGGCCCACCUCUGAUGGGCAGGGUCGCGUCCCAGAGCGUGGCUUCUACCGGCAGAGCCUCCCACCUCUGGCCAAACUCCGCCCGUCAGGGACAGACCGCUCACUCAAACGAAGAGAACCCAAACGCAAGUCUCUGACCUUCACUGGAGGAGCGAAGGGUCUGCGGGACAUAUUUGGGAAAAGCAGAGAGGCUGAAGCUAAACAGCCCCAGCAGCGCAGUGUGAGUCUGAACCUGAGCAGAGUGGAAGGUGGUGGAGUAGCAUUUGUGCCUGGGAGUCCAGCCAGAGAGCUGAGCCGGCUGGUGCAGCUGCAGAGAGACAAACUCCAGGCCCUGGAGAGCCGUCUGCUGGGCUGUGAGGCCGAGCUGGGAGAAUGGGAGGACGCUGCCGGCGAGGCCAAUGAAGGAGAAAAUCUAGAGGAGGAGCUGCUGCUUUUAGAGCAGCAGGUGAGGAGGAACGAUGCUGAGAUGGAGGAGGAGGAAUUCUGGCAGAACGAGCUGCAGAUUGAGCAGGAGAGCGAGCAGCAACUCCGGCAACAGCUAGCCGAACUGCAGGGCCAUAUACGUGACUGUGAGGCCAAGCUUUCAGAGUACUUAGCACGCAUACGGAGCACGGAGACAGGCCUGGAGCAGGAGCAGCUGCAGCAGGAGGCUGAGCUUCACCAGAGGGUCAAUGAGGAGGAGGUGCAAGCCCAGCUGGAGAAAGUGAGGGCAGAGCUGGAAAUUCAGGGCCAACAAACAGCACGGCUGGAGAGCAGCUGCAGGGCGUUGGAACGCUCACUUGGCCAGUCAGGCAAGAGAUUACAGGAAAAGGAGCAGGAGCUGGAGCAGCUGACAAAAGAGCUACGACAGGUCAACCUGCAGCAGUUCAUUCAGCAGACUGGUACCAAGGUCACUGUGCUGCCUGCUCAACCUACAGGAGAGAACGACAGCGACGUGGAGUCUGGUUCUCUGGCGAGACGUGGCUCUUCGCGUCUCUUACCCUGCGACCUCCGCACUCUUCAAAGCACCGUCUCCUCCAGCCUCAACCCCGAGGGCAUCUACGUUUGAACCGGGAGACAUCAAUUUGGCCGUAGGGCAGCCUGAUGUUAUAGGUCAGUUAUCUAUAACUGGGAGGCCCAAAACGUGACCCUGUGGACUGCUGAAAAGUUCCCAGGGAAUAAACACUGAAACAAACUGUGGAGGAUGUUGGAAAAAACAUUACAUCGAGGAUCAGUGGGGUAUCAUGAAAGACACGUUUGAUCUGUUUUGCAUCUUUCUUGCACCAACUCCUCUUCCAUUGUACCAGGACUGACACUCAAACUGAUGGCAAUAUCCAUCUACAAACAAACGUCUUGCCUGUACUCUAAUGGAUGAGUGAAGAUUUCUCUGACAAAACUAUAAGCCAGCAGAUGUAUUCUUUUGAAGUAAGGAGUCUUGGGGCAAACAGCGUGGAUAAACUUUAUUUUUAUGUUGUAAAUCAUGAACUGGAGAGAAGUUCAGGAUGCAGAGUUUGGACACAUGUAAACGUAGACAAAAGAAUAAUUCAUGCAUGAGCAUGCACAAACGACACCACACCUGUGCUAUAACCAUAGCCAUAUCUGAUUGCCUUACUCUGGUGUUUUAAAACCAGACGUCAAUAAGUCUUAUGUAAAAAAUAUACUCAAGGUAGCUACUGAAGACUAUGCGCCAUAUAAAUUCACUAUUGGCACCGAUUCAGGUGAUCCCUUGUCAUAGUGACUGAUGUCAGUAUAACUCAACAAUGGCUCAGUUCUGUUUUUUCAACAUGAAUUCGAACUUUUGUAUUGAUUUGAAGAGGAAAUUUGCCUCAUAUUUCCAGUAGAGAAAUCUUUAUCCAUUAAACAAAAACGUUUAUAUACAAGAAAUAGAAGUGAAAACAGAAAAAAUGGGGCGACAAAGUAGUAUCAUCAACUAUUUGACAUUUUUGGUGACACAGUUUGGCUCCAGUUUGGCUCAUUUUGGGUUUGGAUUUUGCAAGAGCCAUUAAUCUCCUCUGUUUUUCUUUCUCCAAAAACUCUGAAAUGUGAAUGGAGUAACGAGCAGUGACAGAGGCCUUGGAGCCAGCAGUUAAAAUCCAGCCUGGAAGAUUUGCCAACAAUGACUUUGUACUCAGUUUCACCACUGGGUGGUGGCAAAACAUAUAUUAUAUAGCCAGCUGAAAGUUAACUGUGUGAAAGUUAUUCCUGCCCUCAGUUGAUGUUAUCUGUCUUUGUUCCUUUUUUAUUGGGUCAAAUAUGACAUAUAUGUGCAUAUUGUUUUAUAACAAAGCGUCAGCACUUUAGCUUUCGGUGUAUUACCUGAGGUGCCACUUACAAUAUUGGCCAAGUGUUGUUUGACAAGUUUCACUGUGUUCAUUAAGCAGGGACAACCACAAACACACACACACACACACACACACACACACACACACACACACACACACACACACACACACACACACAUAUAUAAACACUUAAGCUAAAACAGACUAUAUUCAUUUUUUCCAUUUGAUUUCUAUCAUUUUAAUGAACUACAAAAGUCCCGUAUGAACCAAAGCUAGCGUGACAAAACAAAACAUUAAUAGUUAGAUGAAUGUACUUUUUAAAAUAUGUAUGCAGCUUAUGCCGAUGAAGUGUACCAACUCCAAUAACUCGUGAAUAACUCUGCAAAUUGUAAAUGUGUAUAAAAAUAUUUUCAGUUGUUAAAAAAAAAAAAACCAAUACUGACAUGCACACAAAAGUAGGGGUUCAAAUUACACACUUGCAACUUAGAUGUGUGUGUGCAUGUGUAACUUCAGUGCCAGACACAGUAUGGGAACUUUGAGUUUCACACCUAGUUUUCUGCUUUGAAUCUGCACUCAGAUGUUCACAAAGGCAGUUCUCUUGUCUGUUUGCAACCUGACUGUUGAUAUAAUUUGUACACAAUUACAAUCUUUCCAACCCAUUCACAAACUUGAAUUUCUCAUACAGGUUUUCAAAGUGAUAUACGACCACAGGCUUUGAAAUUAUUUCUGAUCAUUUCACAAGGUCAGAAUCUCACUGACCUUUAUUUGAGCACAUAAGAAGAAGCUCACAUUUGUUCUGUAAAUUCAUAACAAAGUGAAUUCCUCCCUCCAGUGUGAAGGAUCUUUGUUCUUCGUUCUUCGAUCUUCGUUGUUUGCUCUGCAGUGCAAAAGUUACUGGAGGAAUUCACAUCACAACUCUGCAAACUCUCUUUUGAAUAAUGGCAUGCCUUACUGACAAAAAAAACUGUAAAUAACGUAUACAUAUCACAUCAGUCUAGAGACUAUUUUAAAGUAGAAUGAAGUCUGAAAUAUGCAGAGUGCUAGGUUAGAUUUUACUGCUGCCGUUCAAUAGGCAGCUCUGUGUGCAUGCAACAGUGUGUGACUGGUUUAUUUGGAAUCCUUAUUGGGGGCUACCAAGGAUGUAACAGUUCUUCUGAGAUUCAGUUGGUUUUUGGUUCGAUUUGUCCUUUUUUUUCCUUGUUGACAUUUAGACUGAGGGGAGAUUGGUUUAAGAGCAGGCAGGCACUUCAGUAGUAUUAUACUAGCAGAAAAAUUGCAAAACCUCCACAUUAUUUCCUUACCUUUUCAUUUAAUUUUUGCAAAAAUAACAGUUAUUGACAUAAAAGAGAUCUAUGUUGCUUUGAAACAUGACAAUAAGUUUAUUGACAUUGCUGGCUGUAUCCCCCCCCCAAUCUUCGACACAUUGCCAAUUAUUGGCUCCUGUUGUACCAUAAGUGGUGCUUUUCAAUACGAGUGCAUAUACAAAUGAGAUGAUGGAGCCAUUAUGGAAACAGCCAUCAAGUGGUUUUGAAAGCUAUUUUAGAAACGCUAUGGCUCAGGUAUAUUUCAAGACAGUAUUACCCAGACAAGAAUGAGCAGAAAGUAAUUAGGGAUAAAAGCUGUUCUUGGCAUCGCACGGCAUUUGAAAAGUUGAAUUGUACAUUUACUCCCAUGGAGAGUUGAGCAGCUAUUCGACAAGUUUAACGUGUAGCAUUUGCUCCUAGACACAACACAUCAAAUGUACCUGAAGUAAGGAUUCAAUACUGAGGGAGAUGUAACUUUAUUUGAAAAGUGCAGUGUCUCUGCUGGUUCAUGAUUCAUGUUGCAGCUAGUCCCACUUUGUAGUUCCCAUGUACUAUGACACAUGAGAGAUACGCGAGAGUAUACAUGAGAGAGACAAACUGGGGCUAGUCAAAGCCAUUGGGUUUGCUGCAUAAUGCUGUUCUUUGAAAUGCCCCUCAGUUUGUUUACAUGCAUACAAGCUUCACUAUAAACAUCAUGCUGGCUAGAUGAACUGUGCUUGGCCGACAUCACUAACUUACAUUAACUCAACAUUCAGACAAUUAUUGUAUAUUAAAAAAUGUUGUUAUAAUUUUGUAUUGUUUACUUGCAAAUUCACCCACUGUAUUUUUUAGCUUUCAGAAUUUACCUGAUUUUUUUCUUAUCUUUGCGUUAUCAUUCAGCCAGUAUGUAUGUAAACACGUGAAAAUCAAAUUCAAGAAUAAUGUAAAAUAUAUAAAUAUCUGAAUAAAAUAUAUUAAAAAAUGAGCAGAAAUGAAUAAACUGCUAUAUAGGACUGAAUGCUGUGAUUUAAAAAACAAAAAAUUCUUUAUGAUUGCAUUUCAUAAUGCUCAGAUAUUAAAUAUACAGGAUUACAUGGCAAGACUAACCUGGCCCUGGGGCAGAAAACUGUUGUUGGGCCUUUUACUACCUCACACCCCCAACUAAAUUUGUCAAACUAAAAUAAUUGAGGUCUUAAAACUAGAUUUUGAUAUAAAACUCCUACAAAUUGAAUGUUAGCUAAAAAAUGUUUAUCAGCGGUAGCUAUCUAGCUCAGUAGGCUAAUAUUAGCUUUGUGAGUUGGUUCAAAAUACUGUCUGGCCAACUUUUAGUGUUUCCAGCUGAUUUGAUUAAUAACCUUGUAAAGUGAUUUUAUGCACUUGAUUACUACAUACAUGAGAUCUACAAGAGUGAGGCUAAAGCACCCAAACAAAAACUUCAGCUAGCCUCCUCACCAGUUGAUGAUCCAUGUUAGAAUAAGGGGAAAGAUAAGACUGUUUAGCUUAUAUACUUGGUUGGUAUUGUUCACAUACUUGUUCAUAUUUAACGGUAUGUGUCACUUUUCAUGUUACAGUGAAAAUGUUUUUGGGGUGAGGAUUAACCAGUGUGUUUGGCAAACAUAACGCUAUCACAGGCAACAAGUUUGGCUGGGGUUGUGGGUGUAUAAGCUUACCAAAUCUAACUGAACAGGCCCCACUAGCAUUAGCAUACGCUCUGUUAGAGCUAGCUCCCACACACUGAGGAAAUACUACACAGUGGGUGCACUAGCCGAGAACGGGAUUUUUUUUCUCCGUAUGAAUUCUUGCUAGCAUUGGAAGUAACACUGGGUUAGCGGUAGGUGGUAGUAAGCUAGUUAGCUGGACCUGCUAACUUUUGCAUCUAACUUUAGAGCAGACAAAUACACUGUAAUCCACUGUUGACACAUUUGCUCUUGAAUUUUGGGGCUUGGAAGGGUGAGGAAAGAAACUAUCAUUCAAAUUACAUAUGAAGUAUUGCUCUUCUACAGCCCGAUACACACUGCUUCAAUGUCAAGAAAUCCAAAGCUUGACAUGGGUGCUGUGCCUACUCACACUUUCUAAGAUAUGAUUGGACAGUUGCUGUUCGGGGAAGGGGUUUAGCAAGUGGUCAGUGAUCAAAAACCAAGUGACGUGCAGUAACUUUGCGGCUUUUUUCCUUUCAAAUCAUGGUAAUAAUAAACCACUGUUGCAUCCUGAAUGAACCUUUCUAAACCAGAAGAGAUUAAAACACGGAUUACCUUCUUUACAUCUAUGAAGGAUAAAAAACAACUUAAUUUUUAAUAUGUUUCUGAAUUGCAAGAAGCGGAGCCAGAGCAGCCCCUUUACCUGUAUUUAAGAAGUCAAGUAACUGUCAGAAUCACUCCCAGCUCUCUGGCCUGCCGGCUUUGUGUCGGAAGACAGACAGGCUACUGCCAAGAUUGGGUGGAAUAAAAGUUUCUCCAAAUAAGACCCAAUUUCAGAUUUAUUUUCAAGUUUGAAGGGACACUUUUGAUACUUUACAGAGUUGGAGAACCAUGGGCAUUACACCAGUUGUUUUUGUGGGAAAAGUCAUUUGUCCCUCGGUCUCUCCCCCGUGUACUCCAGCUUUAAUACUUUAAAUGGAGCUUAACAGCUGGGUCAGAGGGGCUCUGAUUACAUCUGUGACCCUCUCACACCAGACCAUACUUGAAGAUUUGUAGCGUUAAAUGCUAUCAACCUGUUCAUCCAACCUGUUUUUUUUUUUAAAACUCCGGUUGUAUCCUAUUGUUUAUAA